UCUGAGCCCCUCUCCUCCCGGGCCCGGUCGCCGGCCUCGCCGCCCGGCAUGCUCUGCGCCACCAGCGGCCUCCUAGCGGCCUCCGCACUCCCCGCCCAGCCCAGAGGCCGGGGCCCCGCGCCCCGCUGCCGGCGCCGGGAACUACAUUUCCCAGGGCACCCCGAGCUGUCCCUUUGUGACUUCUUGGCGGGGAGGCUCGCAAGACCUAGUGUGCCCGCGGGCCGGAGGGAGGUCCUGAGGAGGGGAAGGAUGCCGCCGGCGGGGGGCGGAGGUCUGGCGGGGUCCGAGCUGCGGCCCCGGAGGGGACGCUGUGGGUCCCAGGCUGGUAGGGCCGUGAGCCCGAACGUGGCCGACGAGGCUGCAGCGCGAAGCCCCAAACGGCCUGCCGGGGGCUCGCGGCGCUUCUGUAUAGUCGGCCGGUGGGUCCCGCUGGCCCUGGUGACGCUGCUGUCCUUCGCCACCCGCUUCCACCGUCUGGACCAGCCACAGCACAUCUGCUGGGAUGAAACUCACUUUGGAAAAAUGGGAAGUUACUAUAUCAACCGCACCUUUUUCUUUGAUGUGCACCCACCUCUGGGAAAGAUGCUCAUAGGCCUUGCCGGUUACCUGAGUGGAUAUGAUGGCACCUUUUUGUUCCAGAAGCCUGGGGACAAAUAUGAACAUCACAGCUACUUGGGAAUGAGAGGAUUUUGUGCGUGUCUUGGUUCCUUGCUGGUGCCCUUUGCCUACCUGACAGUGCUGGAGCUGUCCAGGUCGCUCCCGGCAGCACUGCUGGCGGCUGCCCUCCUCAUCUUUGACACAGGAUGCCUCACUCUGUCCCAGUACAUCCUCCUUGACCCCAUCUUGAUGUUCUUCAUCAUGGCGGCCAUGCUGAGCAUGGUCAAGUACAACUCCUGCGCUGACAGGCCCUUCUCUGCCCCCUGGUGGUUCUGGCUCAGCCUGACUGGCAUUAAUCUGGCUGGUGCUUUAGGGGUCAAGUUUGUUGGCCUCUUUAUCAUCCUGCAAGUGGGUUGGAACACUGUGUCAGACCUUUGGCAGCUGUUCGGAGACCUCAGUCUUUCACUGGUGACCUUGGGGAAGCACCUGACUGCUCGCGUCCUGUGCCUCAUCGUGCUGCCCCUGGCUCUCUACAUGGCCACUUACGCCGUGCACUUCACGGUGCUGAAUAAAAGUGGUCCCGGAGACGGCUUCUUCAGUUCUGCCUUCCAGGCCCGCCUCGCAGGGAACAACCUUCACAACGCUUCCAUCCCCGAACACUUGGCCUACGGCUCUGUGAUCACAGUGAAGAAUCUACGGAUGGCCAUUGGCUAUCUCCACUCCCACGGUCACCUCUACCCGGAGGGCAUCGGUGCCCGCCAGCAGCAGGUCACCACCUAUUUGCACAAGGACGAUAACAACCUGUGGAUUAUCAAGAAACAAAACACAAAUGCAGAUCCCUUAGAUCCUUCAUUUCCAGUGGAGUUUGUAAGACAUGGAGACAUCAUUCGAUUGGAACACAAAGAGACUUCUCGGAACUUGCACAGUCACUAUCACGAGGCCCCACUGACCCGGAAGCACUAUCAGGUCACUGGCUAUGGCAUAAAUGGGACAGGGGACUCAAAUGAUUUCUGGCGGAUUGAGGUUGUAAAUAGAAAAUUUGGAAACCGGAUCAAAGUGCUAAGAAGUCGAAUCCGCCUCAUCCAUCUGGUCACAGGCUGUGUCCUGGGCUCCUCGGGAAAGGUCCUGCCCAAGUGGGGCUGGGAGCAGUUGGAAGUUACUUGCACACCAUACCUGAAGGAAACCCUCAACUCCAUCUGGAAUGUGGAGGAUCAUAUCAACCCCAAAUUGCCAAACAUCAGUCUGGACGUGCUGCAGCCCAGUUUUUCUGAGAUGUUGCUUGAGUCCCACAUGGUGAUGAUUCGGGGAAACAAUGGCCUCAAACCCAAGGACAACGAGUUCACGUCCAAACCCUGGCACUGGCCUAUCAACUAUCAGGGCCUGCGCUUCUCGGGCGUCAAUGAGACGGACUUCCGAGUGUAUCUGCUGGGCAAUCCGGUGGUUUGGUGGCUGAAUCUGUUGAGCAUCGCCCUCUACCUCCUCGCAGGAAGCACCCUCACCAUAGCUGUGCAGAGAGGCGCACAUCUGCCUGCAGAGGUGGAAGGGCUGUCCCAGGUUCUGCUGUGUGGCGGUGGCCAGCUCCUGCUCGGCUGGGUGCUCCAUUACUUCCCGUUCUUCCUGAUGGGCCGGGUCCUCUACUUCCACCACUACUUCCCAGCCAUGCUCUUCUCCAGCAUGUUGACAGGCAUUUUGUGGGACACGCUGCUGAGGCUCUGUGCCUGGAGACUGGCCACACGUUCCUUGGCCAAGGGCAUCCAUGUGCUGGGGAUCCUGAGCCUGCUCCUGGGAGCUGCCUACAGCUUCUACCUCUUCCAGCCUCUGGCUUAUGGGAUGGUUGGUCCUCUUGCCCAGGAUCCCCGAAGUCCCAUGGCAGGACUCAGGUGGCUGGAAUCAUGGGACUUUUGAGGCUACUGCAAGGGCUCCCGCUGAGUCCAGGACACCCCCCUGGACAACCAGCCGUGGAACCAGCCCCCGGCCCUCCCCGCUGUGGAGGAAGCCGCCGAGGGGCAGCAGAACCUGCCCACCAGGAUGGCGCUCUGGGCACAUGCCUAGGACUUAUGCCCACACCAGCGAGCCACGGUUUACCUGCAGGUUCCACCGCCGUGGUGGCUCAGCAGCAGAGGACAUCACUCAGGCUCCUUUCCCCAAGUGCGACCCGAGGAAGAGUGAGUGUGUGAGGGUGGGAGUGCGCGUGCGUGCGUGCAGCUGUGUGCCCUUAUCUCCGGGAAUACAAGCUCACUGUGAACAGCUGAGUGUCAUAAACUCUAAGAACUAGUCCAGGGCUUCCUGGUGUUUUCUGGUAUUUUUCACACUGGAUUUGUCUUGUAAGCAAAAUGUAUCAAAAAUUCUCUUAACUUCCAAGAGGGCUGAGCAACCUGGCCCCACCUUGGGACACCACCAGGGCUGAGCAGAUGGUCACGUCCGGCCUCGCGGCCUUCUUCCUUCAAUAAGCACAGCGGAGCCGCAGAGCCCGAGCCUCCAGUGGCCUCUGCCGCCCUGCUGUGGGGCUGUCUCUGUGCAAGUAGGUGGCUGUGGGCGCGUGCAGGGGGCAGAGAACUCAGCUCUCAGUCGGCUCUCUGCAGGGUCCCUGCCUGCUCUGGGGGCGUCUCCUGCCCUGAGGCUGGUGGGCAGAGCAGCACCUGGCCUGGCCCGGCAGGUCAGAGGCACUUUCCCUUGAACUGUCCUCCCCCUGCAGCCUCUGCGAGAGUGGGACAGUGCCUUCAGGUGUCUGGGAGAGCCUUGGGGUUGGGGGAGCUCUCUCCACAGCCGAGGGAGAUUUGAGGCAGAGCGGGGCUCUGUGUGGGGCUGGGCUGAGGGGUCCAGUGGGGCACAGGGGUGAGGGCUGCUCCAGCCCCGUGGGCUGCUGUUCACGUUACUCGCUGGGCCGUCCCUGCCAACACCCUUCACGUUGUGUCGUUUCCCCUUCUGUAACAUUUUCACCCUCUCCAAAACCCAGAGCAUCUAAAAGUGCAUUCCAGUUUCUCUCUGCAGCUUUGACGCCCAAGAAGCUCAGAGCUGUACCUUCUACUUCCUCCCCAAGUGAAAGGGGUUAGAAAACCUGUGGGUCAGAACCGAGCCCAGCCGAGGCCAGCUCUUCCACUCCCGCCGCCUCCUGCUGCCUGACAGGAUACUUUGUCUCUGGGGACGCUGCUGCUUCCAGGUCUAAUGAUGACUCUGCCGCACUCCGUCUCCCCUCCUCUGUGGUCCCCACCAGCUCAGCCGGGGUCAGAGCUCUUUAGAGCAUCUCUGGGAGACGGUUGCCACGGAGACGGGAAAUUGGUCCCAGGGACACGCUGUGCUACCUUCUGGGCGGUGGGGAGGGAAGCUUCUGGCCACGCUUGGAUGUUCAGACCAGCCAACAUUAAUGUUAAUAGAGGAAAUGCAGCAAUGUCAAGAGCAAGGCAAGUUUGUUAAUCAGAUCUGGGGCCUGAUGACCUCUCUCUCACAGGGCUCUGGCCCCCUUCACUUCCCCUAGCAGGAAGCACUGCCUGUGUGCUGAAUCUGGGCAGCCCGCUUAAUUGCAUUUCUGGAAGGGAAGGAAAGCAAGGGGUGGAGAACCCCCACCUCCCCCUCCCACACACCUCCAGCCCUCUUCCUCCCCCAUUGUCUGUGGGCUGUUUCUGAGCCAGGGGAGGCCUCUCCUGGGGGUAGGGUGCAGAAUCCAUGCUGGGCUCUUAGCAAACAACAGUGGCCCCGAGGCCAGCCAAGACUUAAUUGAUGUUCCCUCACACUUCUUCAUUUCCUACCAGGAGCAGCUUGAAGGAGCAGGAGGACCACUCUAGUAGGCCGAGCAAGGCAGAGCCCCCCGGCUCCCUGCCUUCUCUCUCAGUGCGGCUAUGCUGGUGCCAAGGGCUCCGCACCUCCUCCCCUUGCUUUCCAGGGCCACGAGACGUGUUCUGUGCCCACUCUCUCCUGUCCUCGCCCAGGCAACAGGCAUUUCUCUGGGGACAAGACACCUGGGUUGGUGCAGCUU